AAAUCGAGUUUUAAUUUAAUUAUUGUGCCUCAAUGUGGUCUGCAUCAUUCCACCAAAUUAAGUAAAUCUAUUUCUAACAGUUAAUGAGAAAAUCCUCUAGGCAAAUAGGAACUGGCUCAACUUGCCCCUUCUACGAUUUAAAUUUCAUUGAAAAGUGGAGAUACAUAACCCAAUUAAAGUCUACACGACUCUGUUGCGCGAAGUGGCGAAAGGAGAUAACUCAUCUUUUAUUUUUAUGAACCUACACUGAUAUUAGAAAGAUCCAGCCGACGAAGGGGCGAACAUGGAGGAACCGACCCACCACCAACCCAGCGCAUUCAAGUGCGGGGAGUGUGGGCGCUCCUUUGGCGACGAAGCGGACUUGCGGACCCAUCUGAUGGAACACCUUGAAGCUCCACCGCAGUCCAGCGAGGUUUCUGCUGCUGCGAAUCCUAAGCGCACGGGAAAACCCACAAGCAUGAAGAAGCCCUUUCAAUGUGACGAGUGUGGAAGGAAGUUCUCUCAGAAGGCCAACCUCGGCGUGCAUAUGAGGACCCAUACUGGGGAAAAGCCUUAUGAAUGUAACAUUUGUGAUAAAAAGUUCGCGCAGCUGUCCAAUUUAAAACAACACAAGAAGGUCCACACCGGGGAGAAGCCUUUUAAGUGUGACACGUGUGGUAAAAAGUUUACGCAGCUGUCUAACCUGAACCAACAUGAGAGGAUGCAUACCGGGGAGAAGCCUUUCAAGUGUGACGAGUGUGGUAAAAAGUUCACGCAGCUGUCUAACCUGAAUCAACACGAGAUGAUGCACACCGGGCAGAAGCCUUUCAAGAGUGACAUGUGUGGGAGAAGGUUCGCACAGCUGUCAAAUCUGAUUCAACACGAGAGGAUUCACACCGGGGAGAAGCCUUUUAAAUGCACUACGUGCGGUAAAAAGUUCUCACAGGUGUCCAAUCUAAAACAACACGAGAAGGUCCACACCGGGGAGAAGGCUUGAGUGAUGUUUGUGUGACAGGAGUUGCCGAACACGGGAAGCUCUUACUUGAGUCCCUGCACUAAAGAUUUCCUAUCAUUUUAAACUUUAUCGAAGUGCCUAAUGAGAGUUUGUUUAAAUUUAGUUUUAAUUCUCUGUCUAAUUGCUUGAAAUACAUGU